AUGGCCGACGAAUCUGCCCCAGCCGGAGACAACGCCGAAUACAUCAAAAUCAAAGUUGUUGGACAAGACAGCAACGAAGUUCACUUCCGUGUCAAGUUCGGAACUUCGAUGGCGAAACUCAAGAAGUCGUAUGCCGACAGAACUGGUGUUUCGGUUGCUAGUUUGAGAUUCCUCUUCGACGGAAGACGAAUCAACGAUGAAGACACUCCAAAAACUUUGGAAAUGGAAGACGACGAUGUUAUUGAGGUAAGCAGAAAAUAAUCAUUUUCCCCCAGAAAAUUGUUCUUGUUUCAGGUUUAUCAAGAACAACUUGGAGGAUCACAAUAA